AUGCCCAUAUACGCCUUCGGAUCUAAUGGCGCUGGCCAACUAGGCCUCAACCACCUCGACGACGUGUCUCGCCCGUCCCGCGUCUACUUCGAUGCUGAUUCUGGCGAUGGUCGCGAACUUAAUCUGAGUAUUCGAGCUAGUAGUCCUGGAUUGAGGUAUGGGGAUGGGGAUGGUACUGCGGGGCUAGAUCUGCUGCAUUCCGAUCAUCGUGAUCCCGUCCGCCACGUCGCUGCGGGCGGAAACCAUACGUUGCUUUUAUUCUGGAGUGGCGCGGUGUAUGCCGCUGGACUGAAUGAUGCGGGGAGGAGGUGUGGUGGGGAGGGGGAUGAGUGUGUACGGCGGUUUCAAAGGAUGAGGGUGAAAGGGAGGAAUGGGAGGGUUGUAGAGCUGUUCAAGGAUGUAGCCGCGACGUGGGCGGCGACGUUUCUUGUUUCUUCAUCAUCCUUGUCCCUCGAGGAGGGGGGAGGGGAUGAGGUAUUCGUCCUCGGCGCUGGGUUGAAAGGGGAGUUAGGGCUGGGGAUAGAUAAAACGUGUAUAUCAGACGAAGAAGGUGUGGGUAUAAUCCCUGAUUUCCCUCCACCGGGUCUGAGAAUCAAGGCGAUUGCGAGCGGGAUGAGCCACACGGUUGUUGUGCUGUCGAAUGGCGAUGUUUAUGGCUGGGGGGCGGCUCGGAAGGGCCAGCUCGGCGGGAAGGCGAUUGUGCAGAAGAUUGUAUGGUCGCCGGCGAGGAUUGAUGGGAUUGGGGGGUUGGCGUCAGAGGUGGCUUGUGGGAGGGAGUUUACGGUUGUUACGGCGCAGGAUGGGGGGUAUAGGGUUCUUGGAGUGGAGGAUAAAUGGGGGGUUAUUUCUGGAGCGAGCGAUGCUGCUGCUGGGUUGGAUUGGCGGGUUUGGACGAGCUGGCAUGGUGUUUAUGUACAUGCGCCUGAUCAGGCUAUUAUCUCGUGGGGAAGAAAUGACCGUGGCCAGCUACCGCCACUGUCGCUGGAGAAGGAGAAAGUCGCGUUGAUUGCUGUUGGCAGCGAGCAUGUCCUUGCGCUAUUGCAAGAUCGAAAAACCGUUGUGGCAUUUGGAUGGGGUGAACAUGGGAAUUGCGGCCCAGACGUUGAUGAUCAGGGAAAUGUGAAGGGUCGUUAUAAUGUGAUUCCGCUGGAGUUGACGGGGGGUGAGAAGGUUGUUGGUCUGGGGGCGGGGUGUGCGACGAGCUGGAUUAUUACGUCGCGAUGA